AUGAAGAUCUUAAAAGCCUGCAAGGACCUUCUUCUGAUGAAAACUAUUCUGACCAGAGAACUACCUCAGUCCGUUUAUGUACUGGGUGGACUCUGUCACAUGCUGGGAAAGAACACCUUCCGGCUGAAGAUGUGCGUGGACUCGUGGCCCACAUUCAGCACUGCCGUGUGCUACCGUCAAAGCCAGGACUUGGGGACUGGGAGCGGCCUCGGGGACCUUCCUGACGUCUACAGCGUGUUCUCCAAGAACCAAGACAGUCUCAGGAGGCUUUUGGCAAAUGACGACGUCUUCAAGUGGGGGAAGAACCUUGAAUUCAAAGUGGAAAGCUGUCAUCAUCAAACCCUAAAAGAAAUAGCUCCUCUCAGAGGAUUCCGUGACGAAUACGGAGGCACCCUUAUUUACAUUCAUUACAGCCCGGACGCGGUUCCCAGCAGUGCAUCAGAGCCAGAAAUCGCAAGUUUAAGCGAGUGCCACGCCGAGCUGGUGCUGGCACACCUGUCUUACGUCGGCAACAUGCACCAGGUGAGGAGUUACAUCAAACAUCUCCCCAGCUACUGCGUGCUGGACCAGGAGGGACAACCCGCGUCCUGGCUGCUGACGGACGAGUUCAACGAGCUGAGGAUGGCGUACACCCGGCCGGAGUUCAGACACGCCGGUCACCUGCGGCACUUGUUCACCCGCAUGGUGCGACAAAGGAACACCAAGGACACGACCUCGGUCUCCUCGGCGGUACUUACGGCCCAGAGCCUGAAGACCUCCCUGUUGCAUAUCGCCUUCCGAGCCAUCCCUUCGGACUCGUGUGAUCCGGGCUCAGAGUGGUAA